UGGGAAAGAGAAAUGAAACGGCUGCCGCGAAACCAACGUAGUGUAGAUGCGCGCGCUGCAAUGAUCGCCAUUUUGUGCACCACAUGACCUCGUUGCUGUGUCCCGUGACCAGCUCACGUGAAUUUUGACAAAUUCAAACGUUUUUUGAUAUUAAAAAAUGGAUAUUUUGGAGCAGCACCUCGAGCAGCAGGAUUCCAGCGGUGGAGUAACAAAGGUUGAGGAUAACACGGGUAUCGUCAUCGAGGAAGCUGAAAUUGUUGAUUGUGAUGGGAUUAAAAAAAAGAUACGUAAUGUCAGUGACAUAUGUUUCAUCGCUGAUGAAACAUUGGAUCCCCUUGCAGGUGACACAGUAGAAGCUGAGGACGGGAUGCGUUACCAGGAGACACUCGCCUACAGAGUUGUACAAGUCAAUGGUAACGCCGUUGCCAAUGAAAUCGAAUUACCAGUCACUCAACAGGGAAAUGGCGCUGUCCAGGUUUUGACAUCGCCAAUUAAUGGACAAUUUUAUGUUAUCGGUAAUCCCAAUGAUGUUUUUUCUACGACACAAGCCACGAGAUCAUUGACACCAAGAACUGUGCAAAUUGAUACGCCCAGAAAUACAACGCCAGGAUUGAAAAAGAGAGAUGAUAGAAGAAGAGCAACUCAUAAUGAGGUUGAACGUCGUCGUCGAGACAAAAUCAAUAAUUGGAUUGCUAAAUUGGGGAAAAUAAUACCAGAGUGCAAUACGACUACCAAUGGGAGUGGUAAUGGAAAUAGUAGUGGUGAAGGAAAGGUUAAUUAUGAGACCCAGAGCAAAGGAGGAAUCCUAGCGAAGGCUUGUGAAUAUAUAACUGAACUUCGAAAUGCUAAUCAAGGGAUGACCCAAUGUCUCAAAGAGAAUGAGAAACUUCGGCAGGAAGUAGUCGCACUGAAGCAAAUAUUAACUCAACUGAAACGUGAAAAUGCACAAUUGAGAUCUGGUGGUAUGACAACCACUGAAUUGGAUUCUUAAUUCAAUUCUCCAUGGUCUCCAGCAACUGUAAAUACCGGCACCUAGAAAUUACGUGUACUAGAAAAAAGAAGAGAAGAGGAGGAAAAAGAGGAAAACUCUUGAAAUUUUUGAAAGCCAAAUUCUUUCCAUUGAAUCAAUCAGUGUACAUGAAUAAGGUAUUACGUCCGUUUGAUGAAGAAUAACAACUCUGGGAUUUGUUGGUCGAGGCAACUGGCUGUGAAUGACGAAUGCCAUUUGAUUGUUAAUCCCCAAAAUGGACGGAAUUAUGUUUGUUACUUAAAUUUAUCAUUUCUGUUCUGCUACAUUGUUUCGAAAAUUGAGUAAAAAAAUUCUACGAUUUGCAAUCAAUCAAUAUAUAUUUUCCGUUCUUCUGGUUUCAUGUGCAAGUCGAUAAAUCGAAGUAAAACGUACAUAAUUGAUUGAUUAAUUAUGGAUGAAUAAUGUAAUAUAUCGUUGAUGUAUAUACCGGGGUUAUUGUUAUAUUAUUAUUAAAACAAAAUUUACGAAGUAAGUGAAUCUGCAGUUGAUUUCUCUUCGCCUAAUUUCUUGUACUAAAAUUGAAUGAAGAAAAUUGUUGAUGCAAAUUAAUUUUAUAAAAUAAAACACCAAAGUCACCUGAAUUUUGUGCAUAAUUUUCAUUUUAUUUUCUUUGUUUUUACAUAUCGUACAAUGGAAAUGAUACUGGAACUUCUGGAAUCCGUGAACAUCCGAGGGAAUUGGUCUAUCGUUUCAUUAUUUUUGCUUCAAUCCCCAUUGCAAGAUUUUAGGAGCGCCAUGAUGAAAAA